AUGGCUGCCUUGGAUCCCAAAGUCGCCUCACUUGUCGACCGUGCAGCGCGCGAGGACGACUCGGACGAGGAUGCGCUCAUAGCAUCUCUGGAGAACGACGAGGACCUAGAUGCUUUCCGUGAACAACGACUUCAACAAUUACAUCAAGAGUUUGACAAGGCAAGGCGCUUGAAAGAGAGCGAGCAUGGAAGAUAUACAGAGAUCAAGGACGAAAAGGCCUUGAUGGACAUCACGACAAGCACGCAAUUGUGUGUCGUUCACUUUUUCAAGCCCGACUUCAACCGCUGCCGGAUUAUGGACACACAUCUCGAGUCACUCGCAGUAUCGCACUAUGAGGCCCGCUUCCUCAAGAUCAAUGUGGAAAAUUGCCCUUUUCUAGUCACACGCCUGGGAAUUCAAGUCCUGCCAUGCGUCAUUGCUUUCAUCGACGGUGUGGGAGCUGAUCGCAUCAUCGGAUUUGAGGGACUCGGCCACACUGAGCAGAGCUUCACUACUCGCGACUUGGAGGUGCGCUUAAUCCGUGCGAAUGUUUUAGCGAGGAACAAGGUCAAUGACGAGGACGAGAGACGGAGACUGCAGAAGAUCAGCGCUAAGCAGCAAGACGAUGAGGACUUAGACUGGGAUUGA